CACGAAAGCAUGGCAUCGGCGAUGGUGCAGUGCACGCGACCGGUGAUCCUGAACGAAGCACCACAGCAAGCAUGGGUCGAAAUCUCCAUGGAGCCAGGCAAUGCAAGGUUGAAGAGUGGCACGGGGUUCAUCUGGUUGCAAGGGGCCAAAGUGUAUGCCGAGCGCAAGGACACGGUAUACGAUGUGCGCGUGACUGAUGCCAAGUCCAACGUGAUGCGGUUCAAAAUGGACUGGAAAUCAUGGAUCGAGUCAGGAGGUGGGUUUGGAGCAAAACUCGCGGAGACUAUCGAAAAGAUCAAGUCGUCGUCGACCAUCGAAGCCAUGAUGAUGCGUCGACGCAAGCGAUCUACCGCUGCUGCAAAGCAAGCCCACGACAAAAUCAAUUCCGCUGAUACAACCCCGAUCAAAGUUUCUCUGACACCACUGCAACCACCCAUGGCGACUCCUCCUGCUCCCACGAGCCUUGCAUUACCUCCCAAACAAGCUGCGACCGACGAUAGCACGAUUGUAACGACAGAUGAAGAAGACAAGCGACUUCUUCCAUUGGAUGUUAUGGGGAGUCCUCGACCUGUACGGAAACGAUUAUCGUUACCGCUGCAAUCCCCGCCGCGGAUUGUGAACCGCCGAUCUUCGUUCUCACCGUCGUCGCCCAUGAAGGAUGUGUCAACGACCAAAUCACCGUUUCGGUCACCAUUCCGAUCGCCAUUUCGAAAGACUGAUGUCGAGAAGCGAUACUUGAGUCCGACCCGCGAAUCUAGCCCAAGCCCGCCGCUUCGUCGAAGCUUGAAGCGGUCUCUUGACGACGGGAAUAAUGCUCGUGAGUCGCCAAUCGCCGAACGUCCUCCUCGACGCGUCCGGUCUCUGUUCAACGAAGGCGACAGUACAGCCGCAUCGACGCUUCCGCCGCCAGUCCCAUUUCAUGUCAAGUCGACCGAGAGCAGCCGUGCGGAGUCUACGGCCCCUUCGGGCAACCCAUCCACCACGAGCAAAUAUUUCAAGCCGUCGAGCUCUGAUCCAUCCAACAAGCCCGUCAAGGCCCUCAUUCCUUCAUCAGCUUUCGUCCGUGCAGGUGCCGCAUCCCCACCAGCACGCGGUUCUCCACUGCCGUCGUCGUCUCAACGUCCCCGCUCAACCAGCGGCAGUGGCGACGACAUACAACACGAUAAGAACCAAGAUGUUCCAACUCCAAGUGAUGUCGCUGCCAUUUCCUCGUUGGACAAAGACUCUGAUCCUUCGACCAGCUCGACUACCUUUCGACUCACUAGCAAGCCCCAUGACCAACAGUUGGGCCACGGCCUUGUGAAUUUGGGGAAUUCGUGUUACAUGAACGCUGUAUUGCAGGCAAUGCUGUGUUUGCCUGCAUUUACCCAAGUGGUGCGGACAGAAUCGUGGGUGGCCGAUGUUGUUCCUGGCACAACCAUGAAGCUCAAGCAACUCCAGCUCAAACCUGAAGAAUUCGAGUUGUACACGCAAUUCAAAGCCAUGGUCAAGUCCAAGGCGGCGAAGAAGGCGCUGAUGCAUCCAGGCGCCCUCAAGGCGGAGCUGUCGAAGCGCGCCCCGAUCUUUGCCGACAAGGAACAGCAGGACGCGCAUGAGUUCUUUUCGACGUUUCUGCAUGAGCUUGAAGAAGACAUGACCCGCCUCGCCAUGCAGGUGCUUGUCGCGAGCGAAGCCACGACGGCCGGAAAGCAAACCCUCCUGUCGUACUUUGGCCCGGCCAAGAAAAAACCACUCGUUGUUCCUGUCGGCGCGCUCCCGACGGCGUCAUUCUUCCAAACGACCCUCCAGAAAACGCUCACGUGUAUCUCGUGCUCGUACAGCCGACAAAUGUCGGAAACGUUCCGCGAAUUGUCGCUGGACAUGCCGACCCCAGCGCCUCGCCCGCUGUGUUUGUGCCGGAAACCCCCCAUCCAACUCACUGUCAAGAAGGACGGACCGAACCAUGGUCGCCAGUUCAUCAAAUGCAGUCAAUCGUUGAAUCCGUGCAAGUUUUUUGAAUGGGAGCCCGACGUCCCGUCCCCACCUCCGCUGGAUCUUGCCCAGUUGGUGUCCGAGCAUUUCAAGCCCCGACAAGUCGAUGUCACGUGUGAAAAAUGCUCCAUCGGCAAGCAAGCGACCAUGACAUUUCGCAUUGCUUCGCUGCCACCAGUUUUGAUCCUUCACUUGAAGCGAUUUGAAGUCCACCAGUCGACCUUGACCAAGCGCAUGGACGCAGUCGAUACCCCUGCAGCGCUCGACCCUUCCAAGUGGCCUCUAGUGAUCGGCCCGUCUGGCGUCUCCCACGCCAGCGACGCAAACAAGCACGCUGCCGCACCCGCAACAAAGGUUGGAGCAAAGCCAUCGCCGUACGACCUCAAGUGCAUUGUGCGGCAUUUGGGCCGCACGGCCAAUGAAGGCCACUACGUCACAGACGUGCACGACGCCGAUAAAUGGACACGAUUCAACGACACUCUCGUGACCGAGGUGGAGUCGUCGCAGGUGCUGCAAGGCAAUGGAGCCAAGUCGGGGUACAUGUUGGUGUAUGUGCAGCAGGACGUAGUUGCGCCAGGCGCCCCGUCGCCGAUGGCGAAAAACAACAGCGACGACUGACGAGUUGUCGAUAUCACAAAAACGAACGACGACGUGGACGUCCGGCCACCGUCAACGCCAGCCCGACGCGGCGUUGCAGCAUGGGACAAUCGUUCUCGACGAUGUCAUGGGCUCGCCCUGUUUCGAAUCAUGUACCAGCCACAUGCCCAUCUCAAGUCGGUGCAAGCAAUAUUGGCAUUUCUCGGCUGUUGUAACUACGUGUCUAUCUUUGUAACAUGGCGCUGUCGCUAGUGUUUUACUUGACAAUGGUCAGGCCAUUCGGAUUCGCAAACGACGUCGGGUCUUCUUGGACUGGAAUGAACCGCAUGGCGACCCCUACACCACGAAAACGAUGGGGGAUUCACGCCUCGAGCAACACGUACCGAGUGGCAGCGCCAAGAACCCAAUGGCGACGCUGUAGCCCCACAUCGCGGCGUCGAGCGGCGACGUCUUGGUAAAGUUGCCGCCAAACUCGACAAUCAAGACUUGGCACACGAUCGUCAUGACAAGGAUAAAUAGAAACAUCGAGUUGGACAUGAACC